AUGACGAGGGUCGUUGCUCGAGUCACGUCGGCGCAAGCCGCCAUGCGGACUCGAAGCAGAGUCCUAAAACCCAAGAAACAUAAAAUUAUUAUGGAGAGCAUUACCCAGGAAAAGAAGAAACUUCGCAGUGUUAUUUCUUUCGAGGCCAAGGCUCCCCCUGGCUAUACCUUUAUACCUGCCGGCAACCCCAAGUUCACUAAUGCAUGCAAGGAGAUGUGUCGGCAAGAUGGGCUCCAAGUCUUUGCUGUUUCGACAACACCUCAUCAACGAAUGCACGACCUUUCUCAACAAGUACAUAGGAUUGGUUAUCACUUCCCUAGCGUCGUUGUGGCCACAAUAUGUAUGGAACUGGGUCUAUUUCUUUCGUCGACGGGGAAAGUUGUACCAUACUCGUCCUCUCAAUAUCCUGUAAAGGGUCUUGGUCGGGAACGACGGGCUGAUUCCGAGGUAUCCCAAAAUACAAUCAAUGUGGAGGCGAAGGAUGCAAUCAAGGAUUUAUUCCCUAGCAUCCCGACGAAAGAUUUGAACCGGAUAAUCAAAACGGCGUUCCAAAAGGGUAAACGCAAAGUCGGGACUGCCGUCGAAUUGCCUCUCGCACGCCGUGUGCAAUUAGCUGUUGUAGCUCAUAUUCGUCACGUCUAUACUGACUACGAUCGGCUACUCAGGAUUACUUCCUUUCAAGAUGCCAGGGCAGCAGUUGAAGAGCCAACUCUUGCCAAGCUUGUUCAAUGGCGAGGUGAUGAUGAGAAUGGCAAAACCGUUUUAGAAGAUGUAUUCCGAGAGGUUAUCGUUAUUUCCGAUGACGAAGAUGACGAAGAUGAUGAAGAUGAGAGUGACCUUGCCGACGAGGGCUUCUCCAGAGAGGGUCGACAAUCGAGCGUUGAGAUCGUGUCGAGUAGUGCCCUAGCAGGAGAGCUUCAAACAAGGCCUAUGAAUUAUGGACACCUUCCUUCUGGUGACCGUGAGGCCGCCCAGGAUUUUUCUGAAGAUGAAGCUCCCUCUGGGUUCAGGUUCAUACCCCAGCUUUCGCGAAAGAAAAGGACUGCGGACAAAAAGAGAGCCGAUCGUAGGGGCUUUAGCCGAUAUGAAGCCUGGGAUCGAGCUCGAGACCGGUACAAGGCUGGCGAAUAUUUACCUAAUACUACUAGGCCUGAUGAUUGUGUGGUCGAACGCUAUUCAGUUCCUCCUACCAUGCAGGACACCUUGCAGGAAACGACCAGCCUCAAUAGCCACCACACACGACCACUUCUUGUCCAUGUACCAAUUCCCCCCGGAACGCGCACUGCACGGCCCAAUGAUUCUACUAACGAAGCACGCUUUAACCAACCUCUGAGCUCAACGGAUCACCCACCAUUGGAUAGCCGCCCGUAUUUUCUCGAACCGAAUAAAUCUCGACCGGGACCACCUGAUCGGAUCCAGUUGGCUGAUGGUGCUGUAUUUGAGAGAGCCGACAUCAACACAUGGCCUGAACAGGAGAGAAUAGUUCAACAACCGAAGCAGUUACCUCCUACGCUUGUAUCCCCCAAUUUACCAGAAACGCACACUGAUGAAAGGAGAUUCCGUAUACCUACCGGAAAUUUGCAUCCCCCUUCCCGCCGUGGAAGGGAUAUCAGUGAGUAUCAGGAGCAGCGCGUGCUCCCAUCAAUUGAAGGACCAGAGCUUCCUAGCCGUUUCAGAAACCAGGGAGUGGGACAACCGGACCUACUACCUCGAAAAAGGGUUCCAGAUGACUUCCCACCGUACUACAUGAAGCCAGCCAAUCCUCCUAUUGAGGAAGUCUCAGGCAAGAUGAACGUAAUUAACAUUAACGAAGACAGACACAUCUCACAAAAAAGACGAGUAGAAUAUAAUACUAUACGUGGGAGCUCUCCUAUGGAUAGAGGUCGAGACAGAGUUAUUAUAUCCUUACCACAGGGGCCAUACGAUUCCCCAGCUUAUCGUAAACCAGGCCUUUCGGAUGUUUCAUAUUUUUACACGGAGCAGCAACAACUCUCAUCAAAUGAACGGAGUGAAGAUCUGGGCCACCAUCUUGAGCGAGUUCCACUUGGUACUAAAAGGCCUUUUGAUCCUGUUCCCUCAAGUUCACACUUUUCUAGUGGUUUAUCUGAUCGUCCCGAACAUGGACAUCGAUAUGGAGCACCUGGUCUCCAUGAGGCUCGUCACGGCCUUUCCAGCCGGAAUCUUUUAGAAUCUUCUCGCUUUGUUUCUGCAUCUGAUGAACCUAGUUUUAAGAUGGUCAGGAAUGACGGUCGACCCGUCAGACCUAACCAUGUUCCCAGUUUCAAUCAUCCUCAACCUCAAAUUUUUGACCAUGAGGACUUUGUAAACCCAAGAGGUCCAAGUUCAUUCAGGGAUGCCAGCCGUCCAGUUUUUGUUACACAAGAACCGCCUAUCAGGCGGAAGUUGCUUCCUGAUGAAAAUACUCGAAUUUCCAGUCUUCACUCUCACGACUUUGUACGUCCUGUUAAUUUGCAGGACGCAGAUGGAUCUAUCAGCCAUGAACCACAGGGGGGGCCAGCACGUCCAGCUAGCCCUCGUAAGACAAGAUAUGUACCCCGUGGUGCAUUCAAGGCGUACGACCGAGUCCGAGCUGAAUCUCAGGCGGAUCGCCCGCAUUCACCACAGCCCUUCACCUCCCGAGUAGCUCCAGUUCAUGAGCCCAACGAUACAUUUUAUAUUGGUCCAAACUCCCCUCCCCGAACUGGCUGUUCAACUUUGAAUCCUCCCCAACCUUCUUCGGUUUUAUAUGAUUCGCGAGUAGUUCGGCUACCUAUUGAUGACGAUGGACGAAAGUACCCCGACGACGAUGGCAUGCAGCACCACGUGGUACUCCGAGACGGCGGCCUUAGAUGGAGACCUCGUAGCUCGCCGCUAUUAUGA